CAGACAGAUCUUUUGCAAUAAAAAGCGAAUCUCAAGAAUCUCAGAAACUCACUCACUCACAAUCAUGGCGGCGGCGUCAACGAACUCUUUCCUCGUCGGAAACAACACUCAGAUCCCCAAAUCCACAUCUCAGUCCCUCCUCCACCUCACCAAACCAAACACCUUAACCCUCGCCGGAAAAACCAAACCCGUCUCCGUCAGAUGCGUCUCCUCAACUCCCCAAGUCCAAGACGGAGCUACCAGAUCCACCCCCACCACCGGAUCACAAGACCGAGUCUUCAACUUCGCGGCGGGUCCCGCGACCUUACCAGAGAACGUCCUCCUAAAAGCGCAGGCGGAUCUAUACAACUGGCGUGGAUCAGGGAUGAGCGUGAUGGAGAUGAGUCACAGAGGCAAAGAGUUUCUCUCCAUCAUCCAAAAAGCCGAAUCUGAUCUCCGUCAGCUCCUCGAGAUUCCCUCCGAAUAUUCCGUUCUGUUCUUGCAAGGCGGCGCCACGACUCAGUUCGCCGCCUUGCCUCUCAAUCUCUGUAAACCGGAUGAUACGGUUGAUUUCGUUGUAACCGGUUCGUGGGGAGACAAAGCUGUGAAGGAAGCGAAGAAGUAUUGUAAGACCAAUGUGGUUUGGUCUGGUAAAGCUGACAAGUACACAAAGGUUCCGUCUUUUAAUGAGUUGGAACAGAGUGUUGAUGCUAAGUAUAUGCACAUCUGUGCUAAUGAGACUAUCCAUGGAGUUGAGUUUAAAGACUACCCUGUUCCUAAAAACGGGUUCUUGGUUGCUGACAUGUCUUCUAACUUCUGUUCGAAGCCUGUUGAUGUGUCUAAGUUCGGUGUGAUCUACGGUGGUGCUCAGAAGAACGUUGGUCCUUCCGGUGUAACGAUUGUUAUAAUCAGGAAAGAUUUGAUUGGUAACGCUCAGGAGAUUACUCCUGUGAUGCUUGACUACAAGAUCCAUGAUGAGAACGCUUCCUUGUACAACACGCCUCCUUGUUUCGGGAUUUACAUGUGUGGUCUCGUGUUUGAGGAUCUGUUGGAGCAAGGUGGGUUGAAGGAAGUGGAGAGGAAGAAUCAGAGGAAAGCUGAUUUGCUUUACAAUGCUAUUGAAGAAAGCAAGGGGUUUUUCAGGUGUCCUGUUGAGAAGUCGGUGAGGUCGUUGAUGAAUGUGCCUUUUACUUUGGAGAAAUCUGAAUUGGAAGGGGAGUUUAUUAAGGAAGCUGCUAAGGAGAAGAUGGUGCAGCUUAAAGGGCAUAGGUCUGUGGGAGGUAUGAGAGCUUCUAUUUAUAAUGCUAUGCCUUUGGCUGGUGUUGAAAAGCUUGUUGCUUUCAUGAAAGAUUUUCAGGCUAAGCAUGCUUAAUUCAAAGUUUUUGUGUUUUAUUUUUUUUGCAUUUUGAUUAAUGUUUGUUGUGUGUGAUUUGGUUCUCUUUCUUUCCAGAACUUUUUAGUAAUAAUGUAUCAAAAUCUUGGUCAAAAUUUGGUAACAACAAA